ACCCGCAAUAGAUGUUUGCAAAAAUGCCGUGAGUGUAUCAAAUAGUGUCUCUUUCAUCGGUUCUAGCCGUUAUAAGCGUGAAAUAAACAGCAGUGCGAGAGUAAUUGAAGUGUGUUAGAGCGUUAUUGAGUUGAUACGGUGUUAAAAAUGGCGUUUUCAUUUCGAAAAAUUAUGUCGAAUAUAAAUUAUUUUAAGAAAUCUGACGAGGAUGAUUCUACUACAAAUGAUGGUUUUGUUGACCCCAAUUCCGAUGUUAGACGCAAUACAGCUAAUGUUACUAGUGGAGAUGUCGAAAUUGUCGAAUUUGAACACACAGAACCGGACUCUACCUCUAAACAAGUAAAUGUAGAAAAUGAUGCCCCAUUAGUCAUUGCCUCCAAAAAAGGCUCUCUAUCCGACACAGAUUUAACAAAGAGCGCGAAAAAAUUAAAACGUCGUUCGAAAAAAUUAAAAUUGGAUGUUCAAAAAGCUAACCAAUCGUUUGAUGAAAAUUUCAAAACAGACCACCAAUCAGAUGGCUCAAAUAACGACAAUCCUGAAAACACACCUAAACACAUAUUUUUAGAGUCCAAAAGUGCAGAAGCCUUCACGGAACGAGUACGAUUAUUUGACUUUAGUUCGUCCUUUAACAUUGAUUCGGAUGAUCAGUCUUCUCCAUAUGAAGAUAACAUUGAUAUCCAGUCGAUGACUGAUACUGAUGACGACAUAUCAAUAGCAUCUCAAGAAAUAUCAGGCGAAAUCAAGAUGUGUCGUAAAGUUGAUGAAAUUCUUAAUGAUAGCCGUGUUAUUCCAUCAACAACACCGGAAUCUUUUGGCGACGUGGAAAUGGGCAAAAGUGAGGAGGACCGUAUUACUAUUUUAUCUAACUAUCAGAUGAAGUUUGACAAACUGGAUUGCUUCCUGAAGAAGUUAUUAACGGAGUUUCAGUUUCAUAUUGAAGUUUCAAAAAUCUUCAACUCCUGGUCAAUUGAACAAGAUAACAUUAUUGAACUUAAAUGCAUUGAUAAAAAGAAUAACUGUGGACCCAGUUCGAUCAAGUGGGACAUGAUAAUUGAAAAGGAAGACUCCGUAACCAGGAACAAGUUAAAAAAUAAACUUUUGACAAUGAAAAAUAAUAUUGAACAGUUUGUGAACACCAAUCUCAAGAAUCAGGGGAAGAAAUCUCAAAGCGUUUCCAAAGAUCUUAAGAGAACAGUAUCUAAAACGAAGAAGAAGUUAAAGCACUACGAUUUCCCAGACUACCGAGAGGCAUUGAUCAACCUUUUUUGUCCAAACACUGAACAAGAUCCGUUACCUAACAUUACAAUGGAAGAAAAAUGCACUUGCAAUUGUCAUGACACCAGUCAGGCUGAUUCCGGAGUCACCAAAUCUGAAGAACGUUCUAUGUCAAUUACAUCAUCAAUAGGCAAUUUUAGCCUUGACUCCUCUACUUUAACUGCAUACUCUGAAUCUCUUGAUCAGAUUAUUAGUUACAAUAGCUUCCAGGACACAAGUCUUUACUCUACAUUGCUACAAAAAGCUGCAAUAGAACGCAUUACCUUCUAUGUUCAAGUCCAUUCAAUCCAGUUAAAAUCUGAAUCGUCUGUUGAUUAUGAAUCGAAAAACAAAAUUGUUUUUCACUGUCCUUCCUGUAACGCUACGGAAGAUGAUGAAAACAACCUGUUAAAACACAUUUUAAGUCAAUAUCACUGUGAAAAACUACACUUUUUGUAUAAGACUGCUUAUAUAAAGAAAUGUGUACAAUCCGGCAAAGAGAUACAACCGAGUACCGUUCUGAAUCCAAUGAAAUUGUACCGGGAUGAUAAUAAAGUUGUAUGCUUUGGUGAUGCUAUGUAUGCUUGCUCACUCUGUUUUGUGAAUUUGAUAAUUGGAGAGUCAAUAUUGAUGGCUCACUGUAUGGAGGUGGAACAUAUUGAACGUAGGGAAAGGUUGAGUGAAAUUUUGGGUUAAAGCACCUUAUACUGGUUUUUAUUUGCUCUUUGACAGAAUAGGCUAUUUGACUGUAUACUAUAUUUUAUAAUGUUGUCGCAAAUCCAUAUGUUAUUUCAAUGCUUUUUUGCUUUGGAUUUGAAGAACCC